AUGGAUGCUCUGCUGAAGCUCCCUUCCCGACCUUUUUUCCUUCCGCUCCUCCUCCUCUCUCUUUCAUCCAUCCUGUCUGCUCCGACUACUGCCUCCUCCGCCGUCAUCGGCGUCACGUACAGAUCCCCUCCCCCCUCGCCACCGUCCUCAACCGGCGGCAACUCUUCGCUCCCGACUCCUCCGCUGCAGCCAGAGGCCAUCGCGUACGCCGUAUCCGCUCUUGGAUUCGGCGCGGUCCGACUCCCGUUCCCGGAUCCGGAUCUCAUCAGAGCCUUGACCUUCACCAACGCCUCCCUCUUCCUCUCAAUUCCAAACAGCCUCCUCCCUUCGCUAGCUUCCAAUCGCAGUCUCGGCGUCCACUGGAUCCGCGUGCACGUCCUGCCUUUCUAUCCUCGAUCAAGGUUUGCGGUAAUCUCCGUCGGCGAUGCUGUCUCCCAGUUGGAGCUACUGCUGCCGGCCAUCCGCAACGUGCACUUGGCGCUGCAAGAUUUAGGGAUCAAAGAUAUCCCAGUCUCAACAACUUUCUCCUUCCUCGACGUCGUUAUCAGGCCAGUCCCGCCGUCUCUUGCCGCUUUCCGAGAGCCGAUGGGCGAGCAAUUGAUCCAUCCCCUGCUCCGGUUCUUGAAGCGCACCAAUUCCAAAUUCUUGGUAACUCUUCAGCCUUACACUGCGAAUCAGUUGUAUUUCCAGAUGCCUCGGCACUUGGCUCUGUUCCAGGGAGGAGGAGAACUGAGUUUCGAUCACAAUUACGGCACGGAAUCGGAAUAUCACAGUUUGUUCGAGAUGAUGUUGGAUGCCGUUUACAAUUGCUUGAAGAGGGCAGGGUAUGAGAGCAUGGCUGUGGUGGUCGCCGGCACAGGCUGGCCAAGCUCCGCCGUAGACGAAGACGGCAUCGCCGAGUCGGACGCCAACACGGCAUAUGCGCAGGUCUAUCUGAAGUCUCUGAUCGCCUUUUCUGGUUCUGAUAAACGAAGGCCUGGCUGUAACUUGGAGGAGGUUUACAUCGAUGAACUAAUGGAUGCUCAAUCGGAGUCCAAGCAGCGGGGGACUCAACAGUGGGGUGUACUCGACUCAAAUUUGAGUAGCAAGUACAGUGUUUUCGGGUCACUGUUCGAUAGUGUCAACCCUUAUCCACCGUCGGAUGAAGAAGUGGGUGAAGGACCGUGGUUUGCUAGGAUCUGGAAGCUUAUUUGCUUGGUUUUGAUAUAUGUGUUUGUUAGGAAGCAACUCAUAGUCUGUGUUCGUCUGGUUGUACCUGAGAGGCCGGGGAGGUGGAUUGUAUCGCAAUUUGGUUGGAAUCUUGGAUGGCAGUUUGGUUGGGGCCGCCUACAGUUUGAUGGGGGUCAGUAG